ACCCGGGUGGAGCACAGACAGAAGCUGACGGAAUUAUUGGGAACUUUUAAAUAAUCUGGAGAGGAAAACAAAGAUCUUCCUACUUGUUGGAUUAGUAUGACUGUAGUUGGUUUGAGUUUUAUUGACAGUAUCUAAAAUAAAUCCAACCUGUCUUGUUUGAGCUUACUACUAGAAUUGUAUUUCUCUGUGAAUGUUGAGGUUAGAGGGCGACCCUCAGAAGAGAGGAGCUGAAGUGGUGACCAUGUGGAUCCCGACACCCAGCAUGACUACCCCACAGCGCAUGGUGCUGUAUGGGACCUGUGUUGUGGCGUUGAUGAACUCUGUAGGCCUUCUGGUGCUCCUGGUCCAGCAGAACCAGCAAUGUGUCAGGCUGGAUCAGACAGAGGCAAGGCUGAUGGAGGUGGAGCAGAGCUCGGUGGUGGAGUUCCUCCAGGAGGUGCCAAGAGGACCAGCAGGACUACGGGCGAGUGAGGGGGAACAUCCACAAUAUCAGUACACUAGGAAUAAAAGGAGCGAAGAAUUGCAGAAGGAGCUGCAGCAUGAGCAUUAUCAAGAUGAAGUAAAGGGGAUUCAUCUCCAGGAGGCGAGUCAGGAGGUCGGAGAAGAAAAGGAGAGGAUGAAACACGAGCUCAAGCACAAGCACCGACAUGGCCAUCGUUACCACAAGGAACAGAUGGAGGAUGACAUGAUGAUAAUGAUGACUUACUCCAUGGUUCCGAUCAAAUUAUUGAUUGACAUUUGCAACAGUACUAAAGGAGUCUGCAUAGCCGGACCUCCAGGACUACCAGGUUUGCCUGGUGCAGACGGUUUGCCCGGCCACAAUGGAACUGAUGGUAUUCCUGGACUGAAUGGAUCGCCUGGGGCUGAUGGAAAAAGAGGGAAAAAAGGACCACUGGGUGAAAAAGGUGAACGAGGAGAAAGGGGAGAGCAAGGAGAGCCUGGCCCACCUGGAGAGAAUGCUCAACCAUCCAAUGAUAUCAUUGUUGAAGGUCCGCCUGGUCCUCCAGGACCUCCUGGGCCCAUUGGGCCUCCUGGGCCUCCAGGACCUCAGGGGCCUCCCAGAACAAGGCACCACAGAGCCCACCUUCAGGCAGCCCAUACUCUGGGAUUGUUACAUGCUGUUCCAAAUGAUGAGACCUUGCCUGUGAAGCAGGUUGUGAAACUACACAAGAAGCCUGCUGAGAAGAACGAAUGCCUGAUUAAGUCUCUGAUCAAUCCCAGAACUGUGGCAAAGAUGGAGACCACAUUUGGCACAUGGAUGAAAGAUACUGCUCAGCUCACUGAUGAGAGAAUAUGGGUGGCAGAACAUUUUUCUGGUCGUGUGGUGAAGGAGUAUAGAAAUAUUGCUGCCUUCCAGGACAACAGCAGUGACACCGUGGAUGUCAGAAAGUACUAUCAAGGCUGUGGCCAUACUGUCCACAAUGGCUCCUUAUAUUAUCAUGUUGCUAGUACCUCCAGUAUUGCCAGAUUUGACUUCAAAACCAAGAAGCUUCACACUCUCACCAUAGCGAACGCCUUGUAUCACAACCUUGCCUACCUGCUCCCAAACUCCAAGACCUACUUCAAACUGGCAGUGGAUGAAAAUGGCUUGUGGCUGAUCUUUGCAUCUAGUUUGGAUGAGAGCAUCAUGGUGGCCCAACUGGACCAGAAGACCUUUUCGGUGACAUCGUAUAUAAACACCACCUACCCCCGAACAAAGGCCGGCAACACCUUCAUCGCCUGCGGUGUCCUGUAUGUCACCGACACCAAGGAUACCAGAGUCACCUUUGCUUUUGACCUGCUGAAGGGAAGGGCUGUAAAUAUGACCUUUGAUUUGAGGUCACCUGGUGGAGUUCUGGCAAUGCUCUCCUAUAGCCCAAAGGACAGACACCUGUACGUGUGGGACCAGAGCUUUGUCAAGCUCUACGUGGUCCAUUUCAUCUCUGAUGAGUAAAAAAAAAAACCUGCUGCCGAACAUUACAGACUACAUUACAAGCUAUACUGUUACAAUACAGCACAAAAUGCUUGUAUAAUUCUGCAGAAAAUGAUCAGGUAUCUGUCCCAUUCUAGCAGUUAUCCCAAAAAUACACCCAUAUUCCUCAAAACUCAAAUCUACAUUUUUAGUUUUUGGCAUAAAGUGGCUUGGGACCUUUUUCCACAGUCAGUAAAUGGAGAUCUAGGAAUAUGCUAACCUGGCCGUGCUCAUAUCUUUGGCCACUAUGAAAUGAUAAACUAAAUUUACGUGGAGAAGUUAGCUAGUGGUUAUUAUUAGGCACUCUCUUGAAGCCGAGGCCUGGCUUCUAAUGGCUCUUCAUGUGACCCUGGGCUGGGUCCUGGCAGUUUGGUUCUGGUAGGAAGUAAUUUGCUACUGUUCAUUUGGGCUGGAGAGCAAGCACUAGCGCCUGGAUAAUGUCUUAUUUGUCUAUCAAAGCACAUGCAAAAUGACAGUAAAGCCUAAACUUGCAGGCAGGAUUAAUUUCAUGUUCUAUGUAUAUGAGGUGCCGCACCUUAACUUCCUGAGACUGUAGAUGAAGCUCUGCUGAUGUCAAGCCAAUACGCCAAGCCACUGUGGUGAGGGUCAGUUUUGUUUAUGUUUUGUAUCAUUUAAAAAUAAUAAUAAAAAAAAAUGUUAUGGACAUGUUAAGUGUAAAAAUGUGACUAUGAACACAGUGGGGAUUUUCAUGUUAAGUAUUUGUUAAGUCCUGUGGUUUGUUUAAUUCUUAUGAGUCAAUCAGCAUGUUUUUAUCGCCAGUUUCCCUUCCAGGACAACAGGUAUUGGUCGAGUUAUUUCAUGUUUGCAAAGGAUGUUUUAGAGCAACUAACGGUGUGAAAACUCACCAAUUUGUAUCAGCUGACAGAAGACCUUUUUCAUGGCAGAAAUUUUGACUUGUCAUACUAAGGAAAUAAAAUAAUUAGCUUCUUACAAAGUUCUUAAUGAGAACUCAGGUCCAUUAAGGGUCCAACUAAAGAAGUGAAAGUAAACAGACUGCAGAACACGAGGAUCUCUCAGCUUAACUUUCCCGAAUGCAUGAAAGAUUGCAACCGUUAAUAAAAUUACCUGUUUUAUCCAAGUUGAUAAGCCAAAAUGUCCUCUGUUAAAAAGGUCUAUUUUUACAAGAUGAACCUAUAACUCAACUUUUGUGGCUGUUGUGCUAGUUAAUAUUUGCAUGUCAGUCUCAUUUAAUGCAUUUUUUUAUAAAGAUGUAUGCCUCCUUCCCUCCAUUUUUCUGUACAUAUAGUCCACCUGACUAUUUGGUGAAGCAGCAUGAGCACCUUUUUUAUUACUCUCCUUAAAAGAAAACAGAUAUAAAUAAAUAAAACUUUGCCAAAUCACCUUGAUGA